UUCAAGAUGUCUGCUGUCUGUCGUCAUCUUAAAGUCUGAAUUUAGAGUCAACAGGAAACAGUACCUGAUGUAAACUCAUUUACGAUUUUGUCAGACAUGCUGUAUCAGAUGGCUUUGAACUGGGUGGAGAAAUGAAAUGCUUUAAAUGCUUCAUCAUUAAUUUACUGGUCUGUAUUGCACUGACAAAAGAUAACACCCAGCCAUCAUGUUCUGAGCAAAGAGCGAUGGGUCUCAAAAGAAUACCAUCAGAUGAAACUCAGCAAAACUGUUCAACGAUUCGUAUGCAGGAUGCUAUCAAAUACCAGACGAAGAGACGUCUUUCAUUAAGGAAGUAUGAAAAACUAAUUGCACAAUGUUCCACUGAAAGCGACGAAACAAUACUGCAGGAGGGAUACAUGUUUAAUGUUCGUUAUUUGGAGCAGGAAAGCACAAACCUAACUUUUUGGGUGUCUGAGAAUGCAGCAGAAGGGCACGAGGUAUAUAUUCCAAGACAAGUCUUUCAAAACUCCCUGACAAAAAUGGUGAAAAAGACUCGAAUAGCUAUCACAGUGAUUAAUGAAACAAGCUGGUUUCAGACUUCAAAAACAAAUGAGAUCCUGGAAAACACUGUGAUAGGAGUGACACUGGGGAGUGAUCCAAUCUCAAACCUUACGGACCGAGUCAGGGUAACAUUCAAGCACAACAACGAGAGGCGGAAUGGGACUUGUGUGUUUUGGAAAGAGGAUGAUUAUGCAGAUGACGAUGAAAGUCACCAAGUUUGCACUGCAGAAAAUAUUACACUGGAAGCUGAAGGAAGCUGGAGUGAAGAAGGAUGUGAAACCAGCAAAACGAGUAAUACAUUCAUCUGCGACUGCAGUCAUCUCAGUUUCUUUGCUAUAUUAAUGGCUACUUCACUGUUCUAG